AUGGACCUCCGCGAAGUCCACGAACUAAAAACGUUGCCCCAUCACUGGAAGAGGAGUCAUCCAUAUCCUUGUGACACUCCUGCAAAACCCCUCCUUCAGUCAGCUCAUUACGAGGCUGCUGAGGACGAGCCAGUAUAUGACAUCGUGUAUCUUGUCGACGAGCACGAUAUCAGCCGGAACAUAAACCAGAAGGUCACCCGCAAUGGCAACACGCUGCAGAGGAGGUAUGCUUGGCAUUACCGGGUGGCCGACCUCGCGACAUUCAACGUUGGUGAUGUUCCAGACACCAUUCAAUUGCAUGAAAAGGUGGGAAAUCCUUUUGAUAAUGAUACCUUUCGGUGGGAGGGUUUCAUGUUUGAUAUCCCUGGUGGACGAGCGACAUGUCGAGUCUCCAUCGUAGCUGGCGCCGGAUCGGCCAGCGACGCUGCACUCACGGGACCAGGAGGGGCAGGAGGGUCCAACAUAGAUCGCGUUGUUGGAUUUGCUGGAGUCUAUCCCGACAACAGGGUCCCCUAUGGGCCUGUAUUGCAAGUCCGCAGAGAUAACGCAUACAGGCGUCUAGGAGCGUCUUUAAGGGGCCCAGUAAAGGUGGCCUGGCACUGCGCGUACUACAUCACCAAAGCGACUCCCGUGGAGCCCACACCACAUGCGAAGAACGCGACGAACGGCUCGCCCAAUAGCUAUCGGCACGUAUCGAACGGGAAGAGUGCUCAAGGCAGCCCCGACUACGAUCAGAUCCUGGAUCAGAACGUCGACAAUGAGGUCUCCGUCGGCUUCGACGGGGUUCCGUGGGGAGGCAUGGUCUUUGGCUUCGUCCUGGCCGACACGAUACCUAGGUCUGACCCUAAUGAUGACACUGGCCUAGAGCCUUACGAUUACAGCGCGAUCCAGGAGCUAGGGAUUGAGUUCUAG